AUUUGCAAAGCUCUGAAUUAGGAUACUGUGUGGUGUUUUGCAAAACUUCUCUUGUGUUAUGACUCUGGCUAAUGAUUUCGGAUAUUCAACCGCUAUGUCUUCAUCUUUUUCAGCUCUUCAUACUACUGUAGAAGACAGAUACCGCAAGUUGCCUAACUCUUUUUGGGUUUCAUCAGGUCAGGAACUGAUGAAUAACCCUGUACCCUGUCAGUCUGUCUCUGGUGGAAAUUCUGGUGGGUAUUUGUUUCCUUCUCCCUCUGGAUUCUGCAAUGUUUCAGCUGUCUCGCCUCAUGGAAGGAAUUCGCAAAACCAGCCACCUGUUUCCAUCGUUCCAAGAGAAAGAUUGGCUAUGCAGGAUUGCCCUUUGGAAGCUCAACCCCCCUUGUUGAUUAAUCAUCACCAUCAAGAGUUCACAGAUCCGCUUCCGGAGUUCUUUGAUUUCUCUGAUCAUGUUCCUGUUCAGAAUCUACAAGCAGAGAGCAGCGGAGUAAGGGUGGACUCAUCCGUGGAACUCCAUAAGAAAAGCGAAUGGCAAGAGUGGGCAGAUCAGUUGAUUUCUGUUGACGAUGGUUCAGAGCCAAAUUGGUCUGAACUUCUUGGAGAUCCAAGUUCCCACAAUCCAAAUUCUGAGAUACCUACACCAUUUUUGGAUGUUCGAAGGCAAGAGAUAAAAGCCAACCAGCAGCAACAGGUGGGUUCAUCAGAGGACCAGCUCAGUGGCAAAAACUCAUCAUCUAGUGUAGCAACAUCUAAACAACGCAUGCGUUGGACACCAGAACUUCACGAGGCAUUCGUUGAAGCUGUUAAUCAGCUCGGUGGUAGUGAACGAGCCACACCUAAAGCUGUUUUGAAGCUCUUGAAUAUCCCUGGCUUGACCAUUUAUCAUGUAAAAAGCCAUUUGCAGAAAUACAGAACGGCAAGAUAUAAACCGGAUACUUCGGAAGUUACAGGAGAACCUCAAGAGAAGAAAAUGACAUCUAUUGAAGAUAUCAAAUCUCUUGACAUGAAAACGAGCGUUGAAAUCACACAAGCUCUACGGUUACAGAUGGAAGUGCAGAAACGUCUCCAUGAGCAGCUCGAGAUUCAACGGUCACUGCAGUUACAGAUUGAAAAACAGGGCCGAUACCUACAGAUGAUGUUCGAGAAACAACAAAAGAUACAAGAGAACAAGAGCUCUUCCCCAGAAGCAUCACCAAAGCAAUGCAACGGUACAUCAGCAGAAGUCGAAGUUGGUCUUGAGACACGAACAGGGGACCAAAAUGAACCUGCUUCAGCAUCAAGGAAACGUGUCAGAGAAGAUUAAAAGAAGUUUAAUUUGAUCUCGUUGGCGAAACAUGUUUAUUGGGAAUUAAUUGUGGAAACCCAAAAACUCCAGUUUUGUUAAAAGAAUCUGUUUCUUUCCUAGCUUUGUGUUUAGUUCAGUUUAGAAACAGUUGCUUUGAAGGCCCUGCAACACUAACUAAAGACCAAGUACUGAAGAUGAUUGCUUGUGUUUUCGUGUACAUAAAACUCUGUAUUUGAU